AUGCCUAGGGAAAAUGACCCUGUGACGCAGCGUCUCGCAAUAGCAACAUGCGUUGGCGAGGCUAUGGUUUAUCAACUCAUGAAGUCUACGGAGUCGCCGAGCAGGUGCCCUCGUCAAACUGAACACGGGCAAAGCGACCCGAUCUGGUGCUUGGACUCUGCCACUCUUUUGGAUAUUGCAUGUGUCUUCCUUCGGUUUCCCCCGCUAGCUCUUGCAACUAGUACAUCUAUGAAAAUUUGCAACGCACUUGCUUUUCUGAAAUGGGCUGCCAUUCGCAGCCAUGAACACCUGCAAAUCUGCCGCGCACAGAUCCAACCUUGUCGAUGUCACGGCAAGGGGGUCUUUUUUCACUUCAAGAGCGAGUCAUUGACUGCCGAGGCUGGAAAGGAAGUUGUUCUCUCGGCUGCUCUUGAGUUGAGUGGUGCCGGCAACAGCAAAGUCUUGCAGAAGCACAAGAUCACCCCAAAGGCCGAUCUCCUUGGGGCUGGGGAGAACUGCCAAGAUUGUGUUUCGGCUUCGACUGCGUACGAAGUAAAGAAAGCUUCCAAAGUUCGAUACGGAAAGGCUUGUGACAGACCACUUACUGCUUCCCACUCCUUGAUAUUGCAUAUCGGCUUGUACUUCCUUGCUAGUUCUGCCAGGAUUGUGCAUAUGCACAAGUGGCUGUGGGAGGAUGUGAGGAAGGAGAUACAUAUGGUGCUUCCGAACGAGCAGUACAGGAUCGAAGAGCUAUUGCUGAGGAAGAAGAUGAGUAACGUCGAAAUGCUUCCGCAUCCAGGCAAGUAUACUGUUCGGGACUUUCCCAAGAGUCUUGCUGACCGUGUGGUUCAGCAGAGCCGAAUAACAGAUUGUCACGCCCAGCACCUAAACACCGCAGACUCCCUUUCGCCUCCAGCUAUGGAUGCUAACUACUUAUCCAAGCAGGUAGACCGGAGCAUCCUCGUUGAGUUGGUCAAGUUUGCGGAUAAGCUUGCCAUGGCCGAACCAUUGGCUACGAUACUUGUCGCCCGUCAGGGCCCCAGUCCAGAUAGUGAGUCGGACAAAGUCAUCGCCAAGCGAGCCAAGGGCAACAACCAAACUUUGCACCACCCGAUCGGAACUGCGGUGAUGGCAUCCGGGUCGCUUGGAGGUGUGGUGGAUGAGAUGCCGAAGGCGUAUGGAACGAGUAGUCUGCGAGUGAUGAAGGCCAGUGUCAUCCCGGUGCGCCUUGCCGUUCAGCUGCACUAUGCUGUCUACGGCACUGCGGAAAGGGCAACUGACGCUAUCAAGAGUGGCUCGGGAUUCUAA